AUGAAGGCUGCUCAAGAAAGUACGACAAACAUUGCUCUGAUUGCUACAUCGUCUCCAAGAAAAUGGCCAUACGAGAUCUGUGCACGCAUCUGGAAGGCGAGUGCACCCCUGCCGCUUCGCUCCCAGACCGGCAACGAUGAGGACCUGUACUAUCACGAAGCGCAAACAUCAUCCUUAUGCUGGGGACCCGACGAGACAUUCUGGACCGAGCUCUUCCUUGUAGACACGUACUUUGGCUCAGAACAAAACCUCGGGACCUACCUCGAGAACCCCUUGCUCACCAUCCCAGGCAACGGUUUCGACCCACCGCUCGGUGGGCGCAAGCUAAUGAAAGAGCCCGUCUUUGACCCACGCGAAUACUUCCUAAUGAAAAUUGAUCGAAGGACAGAGCAAGUAGCUACAGAGUACCGGGCUUUGGUAGAGACCUUUAACAAACGCAUGGAAGAUUAUGCAAUCGAAGUACGCAUCGUCUUCCAAGACGACGACCAGAGAAAACAUACACAAACGCUCAGCAACGUCAUCGAAACCAUCCACACGUUUGUGGACUGUAUCAGCGGCAUCAUCGAUGCAUGGGAAUCGUUCUCCCGCCACGAGAUUGUGCUUUUUACCAGACAUGCGCCCGAGAAGCUAAAGUGGCCGGACAUGUUGACGCGGAUUAACCGCAACAUGACAGAACUCGACAGACUACGCAAGCUACUCAUCACCAAAAGGGAGUUGUUCAGGUCGAAACUGGAGAGCUACGUCGCGUUCCCCCUCCUCUUCACCACGGCCUUCUUCAGCAUGUCCUUCGCCAACCCACCAUAUCCGUGGGCCGUAUUCAUCUGCGUCUUGUUCAUGGUCGGCGUAGUAAACUACAUAGUGGCGGAGACCUGGGGGAAUGGCGGGGAAGUGAUGGUUAGGUGGGUGGUAGUCAAGUUGCGGAGUUGA